CACUGCUGAGAAGUAUUCACAACAAAAAAAUACAAAUUUUUCAAAAUUAAACUUUUUUGCGAGCUGGCGUUGCUAUAAAAAAGCUGUGCGAGAUGAGCUCAACGCGUCCGCACUGCUUCGUUUGCGGCAAAAUAAAGGCUGUGGGAGUACUCCAGCUAAUCGAAGGAUGCAUUGUGCCAGGAACAUUUAAGCCCAUAAAGGAUAUAUUAAAGUACUUUGAGAAAAUAAUCAACCAGCGCUUGGACCUAAAGCCGUCCUCUGUGGCGUGCAGAGACUGCCUGGAGUAUUUGUUCAAUUACGAUCGGCUGGUGAGGAAUCUCAGCCAGGUGCAGCGCCAAAUUGCGGAUGCUUUGCUCGAAUGCCGCAAAAAGAAGACGGACCCCAAGCCAUUGCCCAAGAAGGAGAUUGCAAAAGCACGUGUGCAGGUGCCAGCAUUUAAAAUCAUUCACAAAGAAGAGGUCGCGACGCCCGUGCAGCAGGAAACGACUUUAUUCUGCGAACAGGCUACCGAAGAGUCCAUUAAAGAUGAACUGGAGUCAAUGAUCGAGGAGGAUCCGGAGGAAUUCCCCUUCACCGACAAUGAGGAGAGCAUGGAGUCGUCGGAGUCCGAGUUAUUCGAAACUCUGGAUGCCCCAUGCCACAUUUGCGGCGAACUAUUUUCGAGCCAGGAAAUCCUCGAGCGACACAUCAAGACCGACAAUUGUCAGAAAAAUGAAUACUCCACGUGUAGUGUGUGCGGCCUAAAGGUCAAAGAUGACGAAGUGCUCGACCUGCACAUGAACCUACACGAGGGCAAAACCGAACUGGAUUGCCGCUACUGCUCCAAAUCGUUCUCCCACAAGCGCAACGUGCUGCGGCACAUGGAGGUGCACUGGGACAAGAAGAAGUACCAGUGCGACAAGUGCGGCGAGCGCUUCUCCCUGUCGUGGCUCAUGUACAACCAUCUGAUGCGCCACGAUGCGGAGGAGAACGCGCUCAUUUGCGAUGUGUGCCACCAGCAGUUCAAGACGAAGCGCACCUACAAGCACCAUCUGCGCACCCACCAAACCGAUCGUCCGCGCUAUCCCUGCACCGAGUGCGAAAAGUCAUUCGUGGACAAGUACACGUUGAAGGUGCACAAGCGAGUGCAUUUGCCAUUGGAGGCCACAUCCUAACCGGCCGGCCAGUUGUGUGAGUUGGGGCUGGGCGGAAGUUUUUCCAGUGCUAUUUAAGUAGAGUAAUAAUACUUAUAUACAUAAAAAGUAAAUGCAACCAUUUAAGAAGAAAGAAAUCAAUAAGUUAAGUAAGCUAAAGAAAAAGAAACUUAGACGAGUAGCAGUAGCAGUUAAUAGAAUGAAUAAUAAGAGACACAAGCAAAGCCACCUGGAAGAGGAUUUCCUCUGGCAGCACAAUAAAUUUCAAAUCUUCAAAAUGAA